AUGAGGCCCUUUACGCCACUUCGUGGCAAUACACAGACAAUAUUGUACACACCCGUUAGAGACAAGUAUUCCAUUUUGAUGGAAGAUGAUAAACUCCGGGUUGGUGCUAGCAGUAUGCAAGGAUGGAGAAGUACAAUGGAGGAUGCUCAUACUAUUCAUCUUUCUUUACCAAGAUUACCAUCUCAUAUGGCUGCUGAAGAUGGAGCUUUGGCAGCAGUUUUUGAUGGACAUUGUGGAAGUAAAAUGUCUCAAACUGCCGCUACGCACAUCUUGGAGUGGAUUACAUCGAUGGAUUCAUUUAAAGAAGGAAAUAUAGUAAAAGCUAUUCGUGACGGGUUUAUUGCAGGAGAUGCGGCAAUGUUGAAAAGUUCACCACAUGAACCUAGUGGAUCUACAGGAAAUUGCGUGAUAUUAGUUCAAAAUCAUCUUUACUGUGGUAACGUUGGUGAUUCUCGUGCAGUGUUAUGUAGAGAUGGCAUUGCUUUUGCAUUAAGUGAAGAUCACAAACCAAAUUUACCGAAAGAAAUGGAACGCAUUAUGAAAGCUGGGGGGCAUGUUCAAAAUGGUCGUGUAAAUGGUAUAUUGUCAUUAAGUCGUGCUUUUGGUGAUUUUGCAUUCAAAUGUGGCGAUUUACCUCCUGAAGAACAAGCAGUAACUGUAAAUCCUGAUGUAGCUCAUAUUGAAUUAACUCCACAAGAUGAAUUUGUAAUUAUUGCCUGUGAUGGUAUAUGGGACAUAGUAUCCAGUCAAAAAGCUGUUGAUAUUGUUCGAAAUGAAGUAGCAGAGCAUAGUGACCUCUCCUUAGCUUGUGAGCGGUUAAUGGAUACUUGCUUAUCGAGGGUAUCAACUGGGGCAGGAACGGACAAUAUGACUGUUAUUAUUCUUCAGUUUAAAAGUCUUUUUUUGAAAAAAGUAGAAUGCAAAUUUGGUACCGCCCCUAGAUCUACCUUAACCUAA